AUGGCCAGCUUUGGAACUGCGUCUGUGGACGACCUUCCUCCGAUGCACAACGUUGUCACGUUGAACAGCUCCGACACUCUGCAGGCUGCCACUCACACGCUGAUCAAGAACCGCGUGCUGUCUGCGCCCGUGUGGGACGCCGCCACCCACUCCUUCCUAAGAACGAGCUCAAGCGACUUGUUCGACGUGCUGUGCGCAAUCGUCACGCAUGUCAAGGAGGCGGAUCUGAAUGUGGGCAACUAUGCCAGCCUCGUCGAUGACCACGAAUUGCUGUCCAAAUCGUCCAUCAAGGAUCUCAUCGACUUUGCUGCGCGAAACCCAUUCUGCACUGUCGCGAAAGGAACGUUGCUGAACGACAUCAUGCCCCUGCUUGCGGGUGUCCAGAGCAACGCCUGGGUGCGUCGUGUGAUUGUGCAAGACGGCCCCUCCGAUACCGCACCCAGCCGGUCACAAAUCGCCGCCAUUGUCUCUCAGAACAAGCUGAUUGAGUACGCCAGUCGCCACAAGAAGGCAUGGGCGGACAUGAAGUCGACGACCGUCCAAACUGCCUUCCUUGGCGCCGCGUUCACGACUCCCAUUACCGUGUCCAGCGAUGCUCGAGUUUACGACGCCUUCAAGCUGUUGCGUGAUCAUAACAUUUCCGGAAUUGCCGUUGUGGAUCACAGUGGACGUGUCAUUGGAAGCUUGAGCUCUCGCGACGUCAAGGGCCUUGAAGACGAAACCAACCUACAACUGGAUUUGACGCGAUUGAUGGCCCCUGUGCGCUCGUUCAUUGCGUACAUUUCGCAGCUCACAAUCACAGACGCGGAAAAGCAUCCAGCAAUCAGCGUGCGACCGGAAGACACUUUUGAGCGUGUCGUUGACAUGUUCGCCUCCUCCAAAGUGCAUCGACUGUUCAUUAUUGAUAGCAACUCCCAUGCAAUCGGAGUCAUUUCACGAGUCGACCUGCUUCGCUACCUGGCGACGGGCGAAGUCAAAGCUUGA